AUGACAUCAGAUUGGACGGCCUCCUCGCCACGGUCCAAAGGCAAGGCCUCACCACCCCUGUCCCGUACACAGCGUGCGCUUCGCUCCUCUGAUGUAUUUGGGUCAACAGAAAGCAAGUAUGAGGCGCUAAUGCGUGACGAUGCCUCGUCUACCGCAGGUAUUUUUGAGCUUGAUACCGAUGGCACAUCCGGUUCGGAGACGGACGACCCUGGUGGCUCGGCGCACAGCGCGCUCCCGCAGCGUAUUUCAGCAGGCCGUCAUCAACGCACAGCAUCACAUCAUGCUCGUACAGGCCGCGGCUCGCCUAUGCCGCCACCUUAUCGGCUGCCGUGGAGUCGUACGUCCGAUGGCAGCACGAGUACGUCUGCCAGUACGGGUGGCAUAAGUGGGCCCGCCCAGCCUAUGCUACCUACGUCACGCUCUUUCCGCAAUACGCCCUCGUUUAGCAGCCCACUUGCAUCGGCACCGACGCUCCCUAACGACGACGAGGCACCAGGACCUCGGAUCCGACCCUCGUCCAGUAUGCCUCGCGCUUCUACGAUGCCAUGGCAUUCACGCCGCACGUCCUCUAAUCAUCGUGUGACGCCACCUAGUAGUAUGGGCUACCCGGAAUCGUCCGCUCAUGGCGGACCGGCACACUACCUUAGCCCACGCCAUGCCAUGCAUCGUCGUUCUCGCUCGUCUGCCAGUAUGCCGGGGGACGUGGUAGCCUGCAAUUCGCCUAUUGGCGGGCCAGAUGGCGUGGACCCUGGCUUAAUUGCGGCGAUUGGGCAAGGACCACCGCCUACGCGACGUAGUGUGUCAGCGCUACCGAUGCACAGCAUACCCCUUUCGCCCCCUGGCGAAGCCAGAUCGCUGUGGACAGACUCGCCGAUGUCCAGUCCUGGCCUGCGGCGCGAUACUAUUCGGCUCCAGCGAGUGCCACGCAACGUUGCACGUGCAAAUGACUUGGUCGUGCCAACACACACAGCGCGGGAGACGGUGCGUCUUGUGUCGCCGCAGCCGUCGCCGACCGAGGCAGAUAUGCAAGGCCCUAUGAAGCCUACGACACUGCUUGGCCUUGCGCUUGCAUGGCCCAGUGAGAAUCCUAGUAUGCCCCAUGCGCCCCAAAUCAAGCCGGAGCUCGAUGCGAACAUUCUUAGUAUUUCGCGGGCCAUCAAAGCCAAGCGUUGGCAGCGUGAGGCGACACAGCCCUGGGACGACGCUUGGUAUGAGCAUGCGGAUGUCCAUGCACCCUGUGCAAUGCAUGCCUGCGCCCAUAUGGACAGCGUACGAACAAAGUUGCAGCAUCUGGAGACCAGUUCACCCUUGUAUACCCGCCUGGCCGAUGGCAUUCACGUCACGGCCUCUACGCCUUGUCUAGCAUCCCUACGGCGCCGUACACGUCGAUCUAUGCCACGGGCUCCGUCCCCCGGCCGACCACGCAAACCCGACACGCCAGGCGAGAAAGCGCGUGUCGUCUCGGAAAAGUGGACGUCCAAGACCCUGCGUCGCCCAAGCUCUGCAUCGAUUGACGACUCAGACGCCGCCCAAAAGCAGCAGCUGUGGAACGAGUUGGUGGAGGCCAAAGCGUCGUGCGACCAGGAAUUGGAUAAGAUCUUGACAGGCAUUAUCACGCUCUCCGACGAAUUGUUGGACCAGUGCGACAUGAGCAUCGAUCCUGACACGACCAGUGUCGAAGUGAAGUGGGAUGGUCCUAUGCCGCUUGCGCUGCUGGAGCGAUUGGCCUCGAUUGCUGUGGACGUACGUACGACGUCCUUGCAUACGCUUCUUCAUGCGCCUUCGCGGUGCAGUGCGGCCAUUGCCGGCGUGCAAGCGCUAGGCACCUUAUGGGAUGAACACCCAGACUGGCAAGGCCGGGGCUGGUACGUCGAGUCCCUCUUAACGCUCGCGGCACUGAGCCGUGUGCUGGAAUGGUGGGAUGCCGAGCACCAGUUCUGGAGCGACGACCAAGUGGCUGCGGCUACGGCGGCCAUGUCGAUGACGACGUCAGCGUCGUCGUCGCGACGUGUGUCUCGGGGAGCAGAGCCGUCCUCGCACGACACAACGCCCGCCCCUUCGAAGCAGGACCCUCCCGCGGAGAAGCCUGUGCCCGGCCCACCGAAGCGGAUACAGACCUCGUCUAUGCUGCUGGAACUGACGCUCGAUCUUCAUAUCCAAUUCCUCAGCUCGGCCUGGCAGCGUGUCGUCGGUAUGGACCCCGCCGAGCUGAUGGAUGAGCCUGUAUCCAAGAUUCUCAUUCACGGCGGCACAAGUCUGCUGGAACGAGCGAUGCGGCAGCUACGCGAGAGUGGGGGACAUACGGUCGAAGUGACGUUGGACAUUGCGGUGCUCGGCACAGAAAGCGCUCAUACGCCGUAUGCGAUGACCGCUCAGGGUAUGUUGGUUCACCAUCAUGCGACCCACUUGCCGUCGCAUACCAUGUGGGUCCUCUCGCCCCGGGACGAAGACGCGCCGGACACCGACGACGUGCGUGUGAGUGGGACGAUUGGCGGCUUGCCGAACGACACACACGACGUGUCUACCGAGCUAGUGUUGUGCCGUAUAUGUGAGCGCGAUAUCCCCUCCUGGUUCUUUGCCAAGCAUUCGGAAAUCUGCCACGAAAUGCACAGACUGGAAAUGGAGCUGGGGACCUGCAAUGAAGCGCUGCUGGAACUGCAUGAAGCGGCCAGUGCGUUGUACGAGGCACUUCGCUCGCCAGAGCCUCUCGCGUCGGCCCCUCACUUCCGCAAUAUGCCCCUGGCCUCGGUAUCGUCGCUGGAAGCGCGGCGCAUUUUGUCGCGUGUUCUUCGUGCCUUGGAUGAAGCGAUGAAUAUCUCGGUGCCCAGCUUGCCGGCCUCGGGCGAGCUAGAUCGCGAGGCGAUGCUCUCGCCGACCAGUCGACAGCAUAUGCGCAGUUUGCACGCCCUCACACUGCCGCAGCCGCGUGAUGAGGCACUGGCCUUGCUGUGCCACGACGCCAACACGACCAUCCAGAACAAGAUUCAUGCGGUGAACCGGAUGCGCAAUACGAUUGUGUAUGUGGAAACAGUGCGUCUCGAGAGCGAGAUGUACCUUGAUUCUCAGCGCGAUGCCGAGGCCGACACGGAGGAGGGCAGAGAGCAGCGUGAAUUGGCAUCUUCGACAGCGGCUGCCGCCUUGCCCACGGCCACUACGACCGCUGUCACUGCGCCCGCGCUGGUCGUGGGCAGUGCCAGUGUCGAAGAGUCGAUGUCUCAUGCAUUGCAGGACAUGGCCCAACUCCAGCUUGCGUCGUCGCCCACCAAGUCACGUCCGACGGACGAAAGCCGCUCCGCCAUGCCGAUCCCGAUAUCGCGCCGGCCCUUGCUGUCCACGCCGCCGCUCUCGCCGUUCCUGGCGCCCAACGAGCCGCCUGCCAACGAUGAAGUGCUGCGUCGCAUGCGUAUGGAGCAUGGCAUAGCGCCCAGCUCAUCACCGGCAGCGAGCGCCACUUCGUCGACCGACUCCCCUGCAGGGCCUGGUACACCUUCGUCGCAGUACAUGAUCCCACGCACGUUCUCCUCGCCGGUCCGCCGACCUAGCCGUCAGGCUUCGGCCGUAUCGAUGCCUGUGGCCGUGCCAGAAACGGAACGCCAUGUGCUCCUAGCCGACUCCAAUCCGGUGUCUCGGAAGAUCUUACAGGUGAUGCUCACCAGCAUCAGCGCGACUGUGACGACGGUGCAUGACGGCGCAGACCUCGUCCAAACGGCUAUGAGUGACACCAAGUUUGACGCGAUCUUGAUCAAGCUGGGGAUGCGGGUGAUCGACGUGCAGGAUGGCGUGCGUAUGAUCAAGUCCACACGCAAUCCCAACGUAUGUACGCCGAUCCUGGCCCUCGUCACGGGCGAUACGCAUGUGGACGUGACAGGCAGCGUCUUUGACGGUGUGUUGUCGCUCCCAGCCACGCCCGCCUCGAUAGCCCACGUGUUAUCGGGGCUGUAUGAUACCUCCGAGGCUGCUUGGGGGGAGGAGGACAAGCCAUAG